AUGGUACGGCCCCAACACCCCGUCCGCAACCCGGCGCAUCCUCCUGUCCGCCCUGCUCACCCUCUCUCAAAGGUCCUCUUCAAGCGCAAGCCGGUGCAGUUCCUGCAGCCGCCGCCCGUAGAAAACGACCAUGAGGUGUGGUACAUACCCCAGACAGGCGAGGUUUUUGUUACGUAUGAGGACUAUCUUAAUAGGCUGGACUUCUAUAAGCAGAAACGCUUCAUAUGCCAAAUCACCGGUCACUCGGGUCUGAACUUCUUCGAGGCCCUAGAGUCAGAACUCGCUGGCGCACAGGAAGUCGAGCAAGCCUUCCCCGAGCCCCUGAAGGGCCCCAUCCUGCGGCGCGUGCAGUUCCAGACGAUUUCUAGGAUCGACAACCUGGUUGACAAGCUCUACGAGGAGUUUAAGGGCGAUUUCUACCCCGGCGAGCAUGUCACCGUUUCUAUUCACACCGGCGAGCGCUUUACAGGGGUGGUGAGGGACAAGGCCAGGUUCGGCAGUAAGAUGCUCCCGGAUGGCACCCUCACCGUACCCUUCUCGAGAUACUUCGUUAGCCUGGACGAUUCCGAUGACCACGAGGCAGUCGUCGACGACAACAAUAUUUGGCGCGACCGCAAAGUCUUCACCAAAUCCGUCCUGCGCUCAUUCGUGAAGAAGACGGUUACAAGAGACGCAUGGACCGGGGCUCCCUGGCUUGUCAAAGACACAAUCGCAGCUCAGUUCAAGAUUGACACGCGCAUCCCGACACAUCUGCGCUACGAGACCAAGGUCCAGGAGCGCAAGCAGGCCCAGUCGCAAAAACGAUUGUCCAACCAGAUGUCACACCCUCAGGACGUGUCCGGCAUAGCCAAUUCCUUCCAGGCCCAGGGCCCGGUUCGAUUACCAGAGCUCAAGCCCGCAGCAAGGCCUCCAAAGGCCAGCAAGAACCAGAACCACCACGGUCCCCACGGGCAAGUUGUGAAAAAGCCUGAACCGGGCCAAUUCGUCCACCUGCCACUUCCGGGUAACCCCUUCCAGUUUCCUCUAUCCUUCCGGCACAACCAGGUCCCUCCGCCGCCACCCGUGUACGCACAGCCGGAGCCUCCACCGCCGCCGCCGCCACCGCCAAAAUACCCUAUCGAGGAUCUCAAAGUAGAGCCAACGCAUCUGGUCCGGCCGCCUAUCCGAUACAUGUGCAGCGAUCCGCCCAUCGAGGUCGAGGAGCCGUCGGCUUCCUGCGAAAACAUACUCAUGAAAUCUGUCGGCCCCCUUCUGGAGACCUGGGACACCCUCAAUGUGUACUGCGAAAUAUUCCAGCUUGACUCCUUCACGUUUGAUGAUUUUCUGGAGGCGAUGCAGGUAGCGUCGGAGGAGACCAAGGUUCAACUGUUUGAUGAGAUCCAUUGUGCGGUCCUCAAAAUCCUGGUGGACUCGGAGGCUGAUGGGGGCAAGAUCAAUUUUCGGCUGCCUGAGCUAGAGUCGGACGAAGACAGUGACGAGGAUGACGAUGAGGAAGAGGAGGAAGACGAGAGCCGGGAGCCCACACCACAGCCGACCGCCCGUGCCACGCGGAGUAGCAUGGCGAAGAUGGAGGCCGAAAGGCUGGCGGCAGAAGCUGCUGCUGCAGAAAGAGAGGAGAGGCAGCUGGAAAAUGCCCCGAAGCACCGCGCUGAAGAGCUCUUGGCUGACUACGACUGGAUCGAUCAUCUGAGAAAGAGGAAUUUCAAAGACGGCGGAUGGGAGACGAUCAUGGUUGGUCUGCUGUACCAGCUGUCAAAGGAAGAGCGAAGAAAGGCUCCAUGUGAGGAUCUGCUCAUCCAGCUGGUACCUAGGGAUGUCGAGGCCACGCAAGACACGAUCCGGCAACAUUACGCGGCGAUGGACGUCAACUAUCGCGCCCAGGCUUUGCAGAUUAUCUGCUUGCUGACUGCCGAAACGAAAGCCAUUCGCGGCUACAUGGAGGACUGCAGUGAGCAUAUGACGGGCUUCAGGAAAGACAAGAUCGAGUGGCAGCGACAGAGGAAACAGGCCAUCGAGGAGCUGAAGGCUCUGAAUGAGGAGCGAAAGAUAUUGCUGCCAGAAAACCUGCCGCCAUCACCUGCCCAUGAGGCGGUUGAUGCCAACGGAGACGUCAAGAUGGACGACGUUGAUGAGCUGACGCCAGCUGAAGAUGAGGCAGUCGACAUGGAGGACGAGCCGCCCCGGAGUGUGGCUCGUGGCCUCCGGCGUGGCCAAGACCGAGCUGCAGAACGGCAGCGCCAAAAAGAGAGGGAAGAGGAGAAGAGGAAAGAGGCCGAAGCCGCCAAGGCAGUACCCAAGCAGUCGAAACAGUUCGUGAAGGUCUUGAAGGAGAUCCAGAAGAAGGAAGAUCUCAUCAAGAAGUGCGAGGAGGAAAUCGCCGUCAUCGACAACGACCUUCGAGAGGCCGACUGCGCGCGAACAAGGGUUCUGGGCAAGGAUCGGUUCUGGAAUCGGUACUACUGGUUUGAGCGCAAUGGAAUGCCAUACGGCGGCCUGCCCAACAGCUCCACAGCGGACGCCGGCUACGCAAAUGGCUGCAUAUGGAUCCAGGGGCCGGACGAUCUCGAGCGCGAGGGCUACAUUGAUUUGGCUCCCGAGUGGCAGAAAGAGUAUCAGGCCAUCUUCAACAUGACCGUCCCGGAGCGCAAGGCAAAGGAAGAAGGCCCAACAAGCGUCUUCACGGCCCGCCAGUGGGGCUACAUCGACGACCCCAAGGACGUCAAAAAGCUGAUUGACUGGCUAGACCCGCGCGGGUUCAACGAGCUGAAACUGCGCAAGGAACUGGUCAACUUUAGCGACAGGAUCCUCAAGCACAUGGAAAAUCGUCAGGCGUACCUGGCAGCCAACGAGGCAGAGGCAAAGGCUGCUGAAGAGGAGAGGGAGAAGGAGACGAAGACGAACGGGACGACGGGCAAGCGGAUGACCACCAGGACCAGGAAUGCUGCAACACCAGAGCCGACCCCGCAGUAUCGUUGCUUGCAAUGGGAGAACACUACGGCCAUUGAGGAGCUGGGGUACCUGCACAGUGAUCAGCCGCCUCCUGCGCCACCAAAGGCGAAGAAGGGCGGGUCUAGAAAGAAGGACACCGCCAAGGAGGCGGCUGAGGAGCCCGCCCCUGCUGUGAAGACGCGGUCGAGGAGGAAAUAA